GAAUUGCCCUCCCUGAGUGAAGUAAAACACAUCAGAUUGGCCAACUUCUUAAAGGGCGUUAAUUUUUCGGUAUUUUUCGUAAUACUACGGCUUAUAGUCUACGCGUGUUUUCUAACAUAUAUACUGAUGGGUGGAAUAUUGUCGGCGGACAAAGCAUUUGCCACUAUAGCAUACUUUAAUGCCAUGCGCUGGUCAGUGGCCAGAAAACUGCCACUCGCUAUUGCAGUAUCUUCUGAGCUUAUAGUGGUCAUCAAACGUAUCCAGGAUUUUCUAUUACUCGAAGAGAUGAGUGGUUUGGAUGAGAGGGAAGGGAAAGACAACGAGGCGUUCAUUUCGGGGGAAAAUGAGAUAAUUCUCGGAGUAAUGGAAAACACUUCGAGUAAUGAAGAAAAAGGCGUUUUUAUGGACAAAAUGAGCGUUCGUUGGAAUAAUGAGACGACUGAACCCACGCUUCGGGACAUUAGUCUGAGUGUAAAACCCGGACAACUGUUGGCUGUCGUCGGAUCCGUUGGCAGUGGAAAGUGCUACUCCUAUGCAUCACCCGAAUUGUGGUUAACGUAUAGCAUUGCUAGCACACUAUUGAUGUCAAUACUGAACGAGUUGUCUGUAGUGUCGGGUCGGGUGGCAGUCAGGGGUCGGGUGUCGUACGCGCCGCAGGAGUCGUGGGCUUUCAUAGCGAGUGUUCGACAGAAUAUUCUGUUUGGCUCUCAAUAUAAUGAAGAGAAAUACAAUCGAGUGGUGAAGGCUAUACGUCAAAAGACGGCCGAAUUAACUGACAGUCGAAUCCGUUUAAUGCAAGAGAUUAUCGCCGGAAUGCGUGUCAUAAAGAUGUACGCCUGGGAACAGCCCUUCGCACAGUUGGUCGCAACCGCUCGCAAGGCUGAAGUGAAACAAAUCCGUUUUUCAAAUUUUUUGAAAGGCGUCAAUACUUCUAUUUAUUUUGUGAUAAAUCGGGUUAUAAUAUACGCCUGUUUUCUAACAUAUAUACUGAUGGGUGGGAUGUUGUCGGCGGAGACAGCCUUUGCUACUAUUGCUUACUGUAAUGCCAUGCGUUGGAUGAUAGGAUAUGAAGCACCCCAGGGUAUAGCCGCACUCAGUGAACUAAUUAUAGUUAUCAAACGCAUCCAGAAUUUUCUAUUACUCGAAGAGACGAGUGGUUUGGAUGAGAGGGAAGGGAAAGACAACGCGGCGUUCAUUUCGGGGGAAAAUGAGAUAAAAAUGGAAAACACUUCGAGUAAUAAAGAAAAAGGCGUUUUUAUGGACAAAAUGAGCGUUCGUUGGAAUAAUGAGACGACUGAAUCCACGCUUCGGGACAUUAGUCUGAGUGUAAAACCCGGCGAACUGUUGGCUGUCGUCGGAUCUGUUGGCAGCGGAAAGAGUUCACUAUUGAUGGCAAUAUUGAAUGAGAUAUCGCUAGUGUCGGGUCGGGUGGAUGUGAGGGGUCGGGUGUCGUACGCGCCGCAGGAGUCGUGGGCUUUCAUAGCGAGUGUUCGACAGAAUAUUCUGUUUGGCUCUCAAUAUAAUGAAGAGAAAUACAAUCGAGUGGUGAAGGCGUGUGCUUUGGAUCGGGAUUUCAAACUCUUCCCAUACGGAGACCAAACUCUAGUCGGCGAAAGAGGAGUAUCGUUAAGUGGGGGCCAAAAGGCCCGCAUAAGUCUGGCCCGGGCUCUGUACCACUCGGCAGACAUCUACCUCUUGGACGACCCCUUGAGUGCUGUCGACACACAUGUGGCCAAACAUCUCUUUCAGAAAUGUUGUGUUGAGUACCUUAAAGACAAGACAAGGGUUUUAGUGACGCAUAGCAUCCAGUUUCUCAAAGACGCGCAUCAAAUACUUGUGCUCAACGACGGCGAGUGUGUGGCCAUCGGGUCCUACAAUGAGCUCAAAAAGCGCGGCAUUGAUCUCAUGUCAUAUCAGAGACAAACCGAUGGAACAAAUGAUAGGAGAGGUGUGAAGAGAAACACUUCAUUCACACCAUCGAUGGUCUCAUCCAUUAGUGAGGGAUCGGAAGAGACGGACGUUUGGGAACCGAUAGAAGUGGACGAACAGGAAGUGAAAGCUGAACUCAAAAUGAUUGGAUCCGUUGAGUCCACUGUUUAUAUGGAUUACAUUAAAGCCGGCGCCGGACCUCUACUCAUAACACUUACCAUUUUGUUUAUCAUUAUUUCACAAGUUCUCUAUCAAGGAAGCGAUUAUUGGUUGAGCUUAUGGUCAGUGAUAAUCCUCAACUCGACAAAUCAAAUGAAUGAAACCCACAAUGAAGUUGAUCAGACAUUUAACAUAAUAGUUUAUACGAGUCUAACCUGUGGUCUGUUUGUGUCGGCCCUGUUGUCCACCAUUUGUUUCUACAUAAUGUGUAUGAGAUCUUCGGUUAAUCUCUAUAACCGAAUAUUCUNCACCAUUUGUUUCUACAUAAUGUGUAUGAGAUCUUCGGUUAAUCUCUAUAACCGAAUAUUCUAUGCAUUAUUGCGAUCACCGAUACAUCUGUUCGAGAGUUCGCCCAUCGGACGAAUUCUAAAUCGAUUUUCGAAAGACACGGGAAUUGUGGACGAAUUGUUGCCAUCGAUUGCUAUUGAAAAUAUAUGCUUAAUUAUUGGAAGUCUGAUUUUGAAUGCAAUUGUCAAUUGGUAUCUGAUAUUUCCGGCAACACUUUUGUUGCUAUUAGUGUCUAUUUGUCGCUAUUUUUACAUCAGAGCCGCGAGAGAUAUCAAACCUCGGAGUCCGGUGUACUCUCACGUGAACACAACGCUGUGUGGGCUGACAUCGAUCCGUGCGUUUGGCGCACAGCAUAUGUUUGAGCGUCAGUUUGAAGUCCACCAAAACGACAACAUCUCUACGACCUUCCUAUUCAUUUGCACUUCACGGGCACUCGCAGUCUUAGUGGACAUGACAUGCAUAUUAUAUCUGAGUGCUGUAAUCAUAUAUAUUAUGAUAUGUAGUGACCAUAUUUCCGGAGGAAAUGUUGGACUAUUGUUAAGUUCGGCCCUAUCGUUAACCACUUUGAGUGAAUGGACUGUUAAAUUGUCUACCGAUGCCGAGUCUUAUAUGACUUCUGUGGAGCGAGUCUUAGAAUACACAGCCAUUAAACCCGAGGCAGAGCUCGAGUCCACUCCUGAUCAGAAAUCGCCAAAAAAUUGGCCACAAAUGGGAGAAAUAGUGUUCAAAGAUAUGAGUCUUCAAUACAACGAAUCGCCGCAUAAAGUGCUCAAAGAUAUCAAUGUUUGCCUCAAAGGGGGAGAAAAGGUGGGAGUCGUGGGCCGGACGGGCGCCGGCAAGUCGUCACUCAUUGCAGCCCUGUUUCGACUCACAGAACCUUUAGGACAGAUAUUGAUAGACGGGGUGGACAUCAAAACUAUAGGUUUACAUGACUUAAGAAGUCGCAUAUCAAUCAUACCUCAGGAUCCGGUGCUCUUCACGGGUUCGGUCCGCAAGAAUUUAGAUCCAUUUAGUGAACACUCGGACGACGAGCUCUGGUCGGCUCUGUCUGAGGUACAGCUCCGGGAUGUCAUGCAGUCAAUGCCCGGACAACUAGACGGUCACGUGACGAAAGGGGGCGGUAAUCUGAGUGUAGGUCAGCGCCAAUUGGUAUGUCUGGCGAGAGCUAUACUACGAGACAAUCGGAUACUAGUGUUAGACGAGGCGACCGCUAAU